AAUGCCUAGUGAAGAAAGACUAAAAGAUUACGUGCCGCGCGUAGUUCAAGGCAAUUCUUGUGGGUCGCAGACCCACAAGGAGCAAAGUCGGGCGGAGAGUCUCCCGCUAAUCGCCAAGUUUCCAGGGUAGUGGAAAACGGGAGUUGGGACAUGGACAGCCGCUUGCAGGAGAUUCGGGAGCGUCAGAAGCUACGGCGACAGCUCCUCGCGCAGCAGCUGGGAGCUGAAAGUGCCGACAGCAUCGGCGCCGUGUUAAACAGCAAAGACGAGCAGAGAGAGAUUGCUGAGACGCGAGAGACAUGCAGGGCUUCCUAUGAUACCUCUGCUCCAAAUGCAAAACGUAAGUAUCAGGAAGAAGGAGAGACAGAUGAAGACAAAAUGGAAGAAUAUAAGGAUGAACUAGAAAUGCAGCAGGAAGAAGAGAAUUUGCCAUAUGAGGAAGAGAUCUACAAAGAUUCCAGUACUUUUCUUAAGGGAACGCAGAGCUUGAAUCCCCAUAACGACUACUGCCAGCAUUUUGUGGACACGGGACACAGGCCUCAGAAUUUCAUCCGGGACGUCGGUUUGGCUGACAGAUUUGAAGAAUACCCCAAGCUGCGGGAGCUCAUCAGGCUGAAGGAUGAGUUAAUAGCGAAAUCUAACACUCCUCCGAUGUACUUGCAAGCAGACAUAGAGGCCUUUGACAUCAGAGAGCUGACCCCGAAGUUCGAUGUGAUCCUUCUGGAGCCGCCGCUGGAAGAGUACUACCGGGAGACCGGCAUCGCUGCCAGCGAGAAGUGCUGGACUUGGGACGACAUUAUGAAGUUAGAAAUAGAUGAGAUUGCAGCACCUCGGUCGUUCAUUUUCCUCUGGUGUGGCUCUGGGGAGGGGCUGGACCUCGGGCGAGUGUGUUUACGCAAGUGGGGUUACAGGAGAUGUGAAGAUAUUUGUUGGAUUAAAACUAAUAAAAACAACCCUGGGAAGACUAAGACUUUAGAUCCAAAGGCUGUCUUCCAGAGGACGAAGGAGCAUUGCCUGAUGGGGAUCAAGGGGACCGUGAAGCGCAGCACCGACGGGGACUUCAUCCACGCCAACGUCGACAUCGACCUGAUCAUCACGGAGGAGCCCGAAAUCGGCAACAUAGAGAAGCCGGUGGAGAUUUUCCACAUCAUCGAGCACUUCUGUCUGGGGAGACGGCGCCUCCACCUGUUCGGGAGAGACAGCACGAUUCGGCCCGGCUGGCUCACAGUCGGACCGACGCUGACCAACAGCAACUACAACGCGGAGACGUACGCGUCCUACUUCAGCGCCCCCAAUUCCUACCUGACGGGGUGCACGGAAGAAAUUGAGAGACUUCGGCCCAAGUCGCCUCCUCCCAAAUCCAAAUCCGAUCGGGGCGGCGGGGCUCCCAGGGGCGGGGGGCGGGGAGGAACCUCCGCGGGCCGAGGGCGCGAGCGGAACCGAUCCAACUUCCGGGGGGAGAGGGGCGGCUUUCGGGGGGGCCGCGGCGGCGCGCACAGGGGCGGCUUCCCGCCUCGGUAACCGUCAGCGCCUGGUCCUGGGCAGGCCCGCACUUUCCACGGGGAGGCUGCGUUUGGAACCCGCCCCGGCUCGCCCUUGGCCUUUGCCGGCCUCCCUGGGGGGUCGUCCCACGCGGCCCCGCCUUGUCCAGGGCAAACGCCUCAUCCUGGCUCUUGUCCCGCGUGGAGCCGGACGGAACGGAGCGGCACAGAGGCCUUCACGUUCGGACACCGGGCGCAUCCUCAGAGACGCCUGGUGCGUUGUAGAAACCGUGUAAGCGGACGCGGAGAAAGACCCGGGCCGGAGCCCCCGGCCGUCCGGCCGCUGCCUGCGCAGACGUGGGCGGCUGCUCGGAGCCCUGAGCGCACUUGUCCGAGGGCGGGCUUCUUGCAGGGUUCCGACAUUUUCUUAAUG